AUGGGCAAGAUCACCAUCUUCGGUGCCGGAAUCACCGGGCUCGCAACAGCGGCUGUGAUUCGCGAGAAAAAUCCUGAUCACACCAUUACCAUCGUAGCCCGCGACCUCCCGGGAGACGAACCCUCCCAAGCCUGGGCUAGUCCAUGGGCAUGUGCUGGCUGGGUGGCACUGGGCGGGAUCAACCCGCUCGAGCGGGAGAUGCAGCUGGCGGCGCUCGACCACCUCCGCUCGCUGGCCGCCCGGCACCCGGAGAGCGGGGCGCGCCUCGUCGAGCUGACGGACUGCUUCCCCGGCGGGGUGCGCGCGUCGGACCCGGACGGCGCCGUCGGCUGGUUCCGCGACCGGGUGCCCGGCUUCGAGGUCCUCGACGAGGGUGAGGGGGGCGGCGGCGAGGACGACGGAGCCCGGGUGAGGUACGGCAGCGUGGUGCUCACGCCCGCCGUCUUCCUCCCCUGGCUGCGGCGGCGGCUCGAGGAGGACGGGGUGCGGUUCGUCCGGAUCGCCGAGGUCGGGGCGCUCGCGGACCUGGCGCACCUCGGCCACGACGUGCUCGUCAACGCCUCCGGCCUGGCCAGCUCGACGCUGCGGGACGUCAAGGACGACUUGGUCGUCACGGACCGGACCUGGGUGGCAGUGGUGCGGUCCGACUACCGGGACGCCUUUGUCCGCCGCGGCAACGGGGUGUACACGUACAUCUUCGGUCGCGGCGACGGGACGGCCGUGGUGGGAGGCGUGUCGGAGCCGACGACGGGCGAGCUGAAGUCGAAGGAGGAGAUCCACCAAGAUCUUUUCCGCCGCGCUCACGAGAACCUGCCGGAGCACUUCCCCUCUGCUUCGCCCGCCGACUAUGACAUUGUCCAGGACCUGGUGGGGAUACGCCCACUGAGACCGGCUGGUGUCAGGGUAGAGAAGGUGGAAGUCGGGGGCCAGAAAGUGGUGCAUGCAUACGGCACUACCAUUGGCGGGUAUAUACACAGCUUUGGCCUUGCAAAGGAGGUCGCCAGACUGGUGGAAGAAGCUCUCUGA